AUGGAGAGUGGUAGCAACAGGGAAUCCAAGGCAGCGUCAGGCGACGAGGCCGUGAGCUCGCCCGGACAAGAGGCGGCGGCGACGGCGGCAGUGGGGACUGGAGAGGAUGAAGCGGCCGUGUCGCCACCGGCUCCGGCUGCCAGCAACAGGCCGUACUACGAGUGCGUUUUCUGCAAGCGCGGGUUCACCACGGCGCAGGCGCUGGGCGGCCACAUGAACAUCCACCGCCGUGACCGCGCGAAGCCGGCCCGCGACUCGCCCGCGGGCAUAACGACGGCUUCCAGGAACAUCGAGUGCUAUAACAAGUACCGCCACUUGGCGUCGUAUCCCCCGGCACCAUCCACGCCUAUUCCGAUUGGCGGCGGUGGCGGCGGCGGCAGCAGCUUCAGCAUGUACUACCCAAGUAUGGGGGCUGCGUCAGCGGCUGGGCUGGACGCGGAGGGCGGGAGCCCUAGCAGCGUGAGCCCAAGGGAGCUGAGCCUGUUCGGUGCGGCCACUCCUGAUCACGACUUGCACCUGGACCUCGGGUGCCACGGACGCGCCGGCGACGGAUCGUCGCGCACGCCGGGAGGGCCCGAGCACCAGACGGGCGAGCCGGAGAGGGAGCUGGACUUGGAGCUCAGGCUUGGCCGUCGCCCCAGGCAUUGA